AAAUAGAAUAGAUUUAUUUUUGAAAUGAAGUGUUCAUUUGUUUUGGCAUUUGUGCUCAUUGCUAUUGCUUCAGCUGAGUCUUUCCGCCCUGUUACGAAGGUAUUGUCUCCUCCCGAGUUUGACUACGACAUUUGUGGUAGCUGGCAGGGCACCUGCAACAAGCAGCAAGUUGCUCGUUCUGAUACGAAAAUCAUUGGUAACAGAGGAAUCAUGGGAACUGGAUAUGAAACCACUAUUACCAAUUUUUUUGCUGUGAAGACGGUGUACGUUAUUGAUGAGGUUACAAAGCUGGAAGGAGAGGAGGGUUAUUACGAACUUUCGGCCCACCCUACGGAAGCGUAUGCUGCUAUGACUGAUAGCACCUACAACAAUCAAUAUAUUUCUUGCUCUACCUUUACUAUUGAGGAUGGAGUGUUCUAUGAUGUCCACGAGCUCGCGAAAUGCGCUGGUGGUGAAAAUCAGUGGGCUUCCGAAAUUGACGGUAUCGCUAAUCCUGAAGAUGGACAGAUUUUUGUACAGAUGUAUAUUGGCAGCGACUCUUUUGAGUUUGAUGGUUCGGUGCAGACCCGUAUGAGUGACGAUGGUUGCGUUGGAAUCACCUUUACCUUGAAUCUUAUUAUUAUCAUUGUGGUCGUGGUCGUCGUGAUCAUCAUUAUCAUUAUCAUUGCUGUUUGUGCCAAGCGUCCCGCCAAGAAGGAGCUUCCCAAGACGUCUGCCAAGUCUGCUUCUCACCCGUCGAAGCCUGUGGAGGUACCUGCUCCCACGGAGACUGCUGAGGCCUCUGUUCCUGUCCCUGCCUCGACUGAGCCUAUUCAGGUCACUGCUCCCGCUCCUGAGCCUAUUCCGGCUCCUGCUCCUGCUCCCGCUCCGGCUCCCGAACCUGCUCCUGUCCCAGCUCCGGCUCCGGCUCCGGCUCCUGAGCCUACCCCUGCCCCUGCUCCUGCUCCUGCUCCCGAACCUGUUCCUGCUCCCGAACCUGUUCCUGCUCCUGCCCCGGCACCUGCCCCUGAGCCGGUCCCUGCUCCUGCCCCCGCUCCCGCUCCUACCGUGGAGUUGUAAUGGAAUUCUAGUCUAUCGUUUAACUGCAUGCAUAUGGC